UCUUGAUGCGGAUGUGACCAAUCACAAGCGGCUCUGCCGUUACGUCACCGGAAAUAGGAAAAGACAGUCCCAUAACUUCUCAUGUCUCACCUGGUAUUGACUGGAUACAAGAACCUUCAAAAGAUAUUGACAUCAGACAGCUACAGACGGGUUCCCACCAGGUUUUUCUGUGCCCUCCUUCAAAUGUCACACAACAACAACCAUCAAAACCCCGCCCCUGGCCUCAUGGGUCUAAAUGAAGUCGUGCAGGUGUUGGAGGAUCUCGCUCCCCUCUCACUGGCCGAGUCAUGGGACAAUGUGGGACUGCUGGUGGAGCCAAGCAAGCCGCGGCCUGUGAAAACCAUCCUACUCACCAAUGACCUCACCGAUAACGUCAUGGAGGAAGCGGAGGCGGUCAGAUGUGAUCUCAUUGUCUCGUACCAUCCUCCGAUCUUUCAACCAAUCAAGCGUCUGGUCCAGAAGGACUGGAAGCAACGAUUGGCUAUCCGUGCCGUGGAGGCUGGGAUGGCUGUCUUCUCCCCUCACACGUCAUGGGACAGCGUUAGAGGAGGAGUUAACGACUGGCUGGUUGGCGGGCUCGGUCGUGGUCAGGUGUCGGUGUUGAGUCAGGCCUACAACAACACAAAGCACACUCACAUAGUGGAGUUCCAAAGCAGGACUGAACAUUUAGAUUCUCUUUUGGGGGAACUGAAGGCUUUGGAUCCUGUGACAACAGUACAGGACACACACAGAGCUGAUGAUGACUACACUCAAGUCAGGCUCAACUGCAGUGACUCAGUGCUGACCCCUGUUGUUGAUAAAGUGAUACAACACAUCAUUUCCUGCCAUUCCCUCCGCAUUCUGAAGUUAGAAAAGGUACCUUUGUUGAACCACGGCCAAGGGCGACUUGGUGUGUUAGACCAGCCGCUAACUGUAGCAACAGCUGUGCAGAAAAUGAAGUCUCACAUGGGUUUGACGCACCUCCGUUUGGCCCUUGGACAGGGUUGCACACAAGAAUCCUUUGUGCGGACUGUUGCUGUGUGUGCUGGAUCAGGAGCUUCGGUGCUGAAAGGUGUCCAAGCAGACCUCUAUAUCACAGGGGAAAUGUCCCACCAUGAUGUUCUGGAUGCAGUUGCCAAGGGAACCAGUGUCAUCCUUAGUGAUCACAGCAACAGCGAGCGUGGCUAUCUGGCGGUCUUCCGGGACAAACUGACCCAACGUCUUCCUGCCAAUGUCACCGUGAUGGUGUCCAAGGCUGACCGGGACCCUUUGGUGGUUGUUUGAAGUAUUCAUCCUGAAUGCGUGUCGCUUUUAUUUCUCAUGUUUUUCCUCAAAAUAAAAACAUAACCUGA